CGGCCCAACUUACUGAAUAAUAAAAAUAUACUUGAUAUCAUUAUGUCAAAGCUGGGAGUGCUGCUGAGGACUCCUCUUCAGGUUCUGAUUUACAAAACAGAGAUUCUGAAGCGUGGGUCGUGAUCAUAAAAUAAAUCCUUCAAGGACAAAAACACUGCAGCACUGUUACGUCAGAUUCUGCAUUUGUUUCCAACAGGAUUCGUGUUUCUGUACAAAAUGUAAUGUGAUGAUUCAGGUAAAACCCCUACAAACGAAGCAAAUGGUGAUAUUUGUGAUUGCACUUCACAGCUGUGUCAUGUCUGCAGGGAGAUGAGCUGUUUUCUCUCUAUCCAUUAGUCCAUCCAUUCAGAAUGAGGCAGGAAACGCCCGCACGUUAAAAAUGGAUCAUUGUCUGUAAUUACAGGCUGGGACAGAGCAGGGUGCCUUUUAUUUAUGCAGGUUAAAUCCGUUUGUAUUAGACUAGUCUGGGAUCUGUUGUUUUCCAUAAGGAGACUCGUAUGGUUCUAUAAAAGGCAAAAUUUCAGAGUGACACUGAUGACGCAGACGCAGUGCCCGCAGUGGUAUAAAUGAGAGAGCUCUGCUCUCUUCCAGAGGACAUGGGGGGCAGCUGAGAGCUGAUCAGAUCCUGAACGGCUCUCGGUGACUGGAAACGCCUCACAGAGCUGAGGGAUGAACACAGCAGUGACGGUGCACUUUCCCGUUGAUGGCAUCCUCGAAGUGUUCAGCUCUUUCACCGAGCAUCAGCAGUCAGCUCUCCAUAGCGCAGCGCUAUUUCCGCAUCAAAAACUCUCAGAUAUCUCCAAAACGGGCAUGGGCGUCAUCAAAACUGUUAAAGAGUGCUGGAGACGGCAGGAGAUGAAAGUGGUGACGCGUAGGUCCUCAAGUUCUGGAAACCAACAGGCAUAUCGACCUCCCCCAGAGCCCCGGAUUCUGGAGUCAGGGGUGACCAAGCCCAGGAACCGGCACAGAAUAGUUGUGCUCGGGGCGCACAAAGUUGGUAAAACCAACCUCAUCAGGCGGUUCUUGGGGGGAGAAUAUGAGGAGCAAUAUGAAACAACUAUCGAGGACUUCUAUAGAAAACUGUUCUACAUAGAAGGAGAGGCGUACCAGAUUGAUCUUCUGGAUGCAGCAAGGGAAAGAGACUUCCCUGCAAAGAGGAGAUUGUCCAUACUGACAGGUGACAUAUUCCUGCUUGUCUUCAGCUUGGAUGACAAAGAAUCCUUGAAUGAGGUCCGUGCGCUUCUAACCGAGAUCAGAGCCACCAAGGCAAAGAUACAAAAGCCAACCCAGCCUCUGAAAGCUCCAGUCGUGGUCUGUGGUAACAAAGCGGACCUGGACGCUCAGCGGGUCGUGAGCGGGUUGGAGGCAGGAGAAGUCCUCGGUGAGGACGUCCCAUUCUUCGAAACCUCCGCAAAAACCGGCACCGGACUGGAGGCUGUGUUCACUGCUCUUGCCACACUGGGCGGACUACCUGACGAGACCAGGCCGUCUCGGCACGAGAUCGUCCCCAUCCUGACCUACCAGUCGCUGUGCGUUGGUGAGCGUGGCAGGGGAAGGAGGAGGCACUCGCGGGGAAUCGGUGCGCCUUGCGCCGCCGUGGACCCUCUUGCGCGCCGCCCGAGCUUCACCAGCGACCUGCGGAUGGUGCUUGGAUCAAGCCCCAAACACAAGAAACCCGAGACGUGUCAGGUUCAAUGAAUCAUGAAACGCCUCAGCAACCAAAUUGUAGUAGUAUGCUACAAUGCUGAUUAAUGUAAGGAGUUAUACUCCGUAGCACCUGACCGGUGCGUUAUUUCAGUUUGUAUAUGACUGUUUCAUCCUUUAAUAAAGCAUAGGCUGCUUCUGAAUCAGUUCAUUUGUUAAUCAAUGAGAUACGAUAAAAAUAGACAAAAGCAGUCGAUUUUUGUUCAGUGGUCAUCAGAAGAGUGGGAGGGUGCGUGACUCGAGCAUCUCCUUAAACCUCUCCAAAUAUAAUUUGCUCACGAUGAAGAGGAUGACAUCAAACAUGAUGUUACAAAGUAACAUCACUGUGUGUGUGGAAAAAAAACCCAAAUAUAUAUAUAUAUAUGAAUAUUUCUCUCUCUCUCAUAUAUAUAUAUUGGGCACUGUCCAAGGUGCUGAUUUCAUCAUAUAUAU